CUUUUGAGGCACUGUAUCCAUCCGCCUGCUCUCUCAGCGCGAUCGCAUAAGCGUCUCAGAGCCUAACGAUCGAUCGCGGUACUGGGCGAAUUCUUUGAACUAGGCGCUUAAAAAGCACUGCCAGUUGCUCCGAUCCCUCAUACGCCGUGUAUUCAUCGCGCCUCGUGGACGUGCCGUGUGUAGUGGCUGAAAAAGCGGAAAACACAUCUCGAAUAACUUUGACGUAUCACCGAAUCCUUUUCGAGGGGAUUCGAAACGAACUAUUGUGCUAACUGUGAUCUAGUGUAUUGUGAGCGAACCGAACUCAGCGGAUUUUGAGUGCUCUGCGUGGACUUUCUACACCUCUGUUGCAAUUCAAUCCUUAAAGAUGUCGCCCAACAUAAUAGGGAGCACUUUCAUAUUGGCCGAAACGGCCAUUGCCGAUGGCAACAACAAUAGCAGCAAGAUGGCCGCCAAGCCCGCCGCCUCUGCCGCCACGCCCACCCAGAAGGUCGCCAAGAAGGUGGAGGCGAAGUCGGCAGAGAACAAGCCCUACGAAAUGGAGAUCGUGUGGCGCAACGUGGGCCUCUUCAUCAUCCUCCACUCGAUGGCCCUGUACGGCCUGUACCUGGUAUUCGCCGAGAGUGCCUACUGGGAGCUCUUGCCAGUGUAUGCCACCAUGUUCCUGGGCGGACUGGGCAUCACGGCCGGAGUGCAUCGCCUGUGGUCGCACAAGGCCUACAAGGCCAAGCUGCCGCUGCGCAUCUUCCUCAUGCUGUGCCAGUCGCUGGCCUUCCAGAACAGCAUCUGGGAGUGGACCCGCGACCACCGGGUGCACCACAAGUUCACCGACACACACGCCGAUCCCCACAACUCCCGCCGCGGCUUCUUCUUCGCCCACAUGGGCUGGCUGAUGUGCAAGAAGCACCCCGAUGUGACCAGCAAGGGCAAGCAGAUCUCCAUGGAGGACAUUGAGCAGGAUCCCGUCGUCAUGUUCCAGAAGAAACUCUACUUCGUGGUGAUGCCCAUCUGCUGCUUCGCCCUGCCCAUGAUCUUCCCGUACUACGUGAUGGGCAGCUCGCUGCGCGUCUGCUUCUUCACCUGCUCCAUGCUCCGCUUCUGCCUGUCGCUGCACUUCACCUGGCUGGUGAACAGCGCCGCCCACUUCUACGGCAUGAAGCCCUACGACGUGAACGUGAGUGCGCUGAACAACAAGCUGGUGUCCACGCUGACCAUCGGCGAGGGAUGGCACAACUACCACCACGUCUUCCCCUGGGACUACAAGGCAGCUGAGCUGGGCACCUACAGCUUCAACUGGACGACGGCCUUUAUCGAUGUGAUGGCCAAGAUCGGACAAGCCUACGACCUGAAGUUUGUGUCCCAGGAGAUGGUCUACAAGCGAGUCCUGCGCACUGGCGAUGGCUCCCACAUUGCCGCCCUGCUGGAUGCCAACAACAACAGCGCCAUCCCGACCAACGAGCUGGUGGCCCAUCUGGAUCACGAUAAGGAGGAGCACGCCAUCUGGGGCUGGGACGACAAGGACAUCAGCGAGGAGGACCGCAAGGGAGCCAACGUGGUGAACAAGGAGUCCGAGUGCAAGCUGGAUUAGAGAGUGGAAAUUAGCGGGGGUUCACCCAAUCGAACACACUUCUUGCUGCCACAUCGGGUCUGCAGUAUUUAAUUAUAUUAAUUGCCUAUUCUCCUUACCUGCCUACGCGAUUAAGUGGUGGCUGUUUAAAGAACUAGAAAAGACAAAUUCAAAUUCAAGGGGGAUUUCGAUCUGAUGGCAGCAAGAACACCUUAUAUAUCAAUGGCUUCAAUUCCAAAUAUAACGAAACAACUGAA